UGACGUGGUUCUCAUCUUUUAUAUAUUGCUAUAAAGUAAACGCUUGACACUUCUCUCUCAUUAUUAUUUAUAUAUAUAUAUAUAUAUAAUAUCACAAUAUGGCAGUAGAAGCAAAGUACUAUGAAAUACUAGAAGUCGAGGUCGAUGCUGAAGACCAUGAGAUUAAGAAGGCCUACAGAAAACUGGCCAUGAAGUAUCAUCCUGACAAGAACCCUGAAGAGGGUGAUCGAUUCAAGGAAAUCUCCCAUGCCUACGAAAUCUUGUCAGAUCCCGAGAAGCGUGCCCAGUACGAUCGCUACGGAGAAGAUGGACCUGGUGGAGGAGCCGGUGGAUUUGGUGAAGGUGGUCUUGAUGACCUCUUUGCCAAUCUGUUUGGUGGCGGAGGUGGUGGAGGUGGAGCCCACUUUGAUUUCGGUGGUAUGGGAGGUAUGGGAGGUGGAUACGGUAUGCCUCCUCGCUCAAGAAAGGGAGAGUCGAUGAAGUAUCCUCUUCAGGUUACACUCGAGGAUCUUUACAAUGGCAAGCGCACCAAGCUAGCAUUGGAAAAGAAUGUGAUUUGCAGCAACUGCAGUGGUAAGGGUGGAAAGACUGGUGCUGUGAAGAAAUGUGGUGGAUGCCAAGGUCGUGGUUUCCAGGUAGCCAUGAGACAGAUCGGUAUGGGUAUGAUCCAGCAAAUGCAGGUUCCUUGCGGUGACUGCAAUGCCACUGGUGAAAUUGCAAAGGAUCGUUGCAAGAAGUGCAAGGGCAAGAAGGUUACUGUAGAAAAGAAGUAUCUUGAGGUCUUUGUGGAAAAGGGUAUGUCUGACGGUCAGAAGAUUGUUAUGAAGGGCGAAGGUGACCAAGAGCCUGGUGUUGAACCUGGAGAUGUUAUUUUGGUUGUGAACUUGAAGCAACACCCUAUCUUUGAACGCAAAUCCAAUGAUAUCAUUUGCAAUCUCACCAUCACACUCACCGAAGCCCUCUGCGGUUUCGAAAAGGUCAUUACUCAUUUGGAUGGUCGAGGCAUUCGUGUGUUCCAUCCUGCUGGAAGUGUAAUCAAACCCGGGAUGGUCAAACGUAUUCCUCAUGAGGGCAUGCCUAUCUACAAGCGCCCUGAUGACCGUGGUGACCUUUACGUCAAAUUCGACGUUGAAUUCCCAAAAGAUAAGUUCACUACCCCCGAGAACCUCAAACUUCUCGAAUCCAUCCUGCCUGCACGCCCUGCACCUGCAGUAUCAAAACAUGAAAUCGUUGAUGAUUGUUCGCUUUUGAUGGCCGACAUCGAUUCUUUUGGCUCAACUGGUAAUUCCAAGAACGCAUACGAAGAAGACAACGACAGUGAUGAAGAGGAAACCACUGGUACACAGUGCGCCCAGCAAUAAUAAUAGACUUUGUUUCAAUAUUUUUUUUUGUAUAAUUUUUUUUCCUCUGCUAUGUUUUCUUUCUUUUUUUGCACAUUCAAACACACAAACUGCAGAUUUCUUUGGAUAACAUUAGACAGAAUAUUCAGAUAAUUUUUUUGAGGGGAAGUCUUCAGUAGUUUUUACUCUCCCUCCACAGUAAAUAACAAAUACCGGGCUACUUUUGUUCUAAAAGAGAAACAUCU